AUGAGACCUUGUAAGGAGAAAGUCAAGUGUAAACGGUUGUCCUCCACACCCCUGGAAAUCCUGUUCUUUCUGAACGGGUGGUAUUAUGCUACCUAUUUCCUGCUGGAACUCUUCAUAUUUCUGUAUAAAGCUCUGACUUUUGUAUUGGCAGGUCUCCUGCUACCAUAUCCAACAGCCAAUCUAGUACUGGAUGUGGCGAUACUCUUCCUUUAUCUUGGAAUUGAAGUAAUUCGACUAUUUUUUGGUACAAAGGGAAACCUCUGCCAGCGAAAGAUGCCACUUGGUAUUAGAGUGGCCUUGACCUUCCCAUCCGCCAUGAUGGCCUCCUAUUACCUGCUGCUGCAGACCUACAUGCUCCACCUGGAAGCCAUCAUGAACAGCAUCUUGCUCUUCUUCUGUGGCUCAGAGCUGCUCCUUGAGGUGCUCACCCUGGCUGCUUUCUCCAGUAUGGACAGGAUUUGA